AGCUAACAGCAUUCGAUAAGGCAGUUCUGUUACGAAAUUAAAGUAAAUAUUUGCACUUUUAAGUUUUCAAUCCACUUAAUUGCUCGACAUGAAUGUUGCUCACUGAUAAAAGUGUGCACACGGCUUGGCAAUUUGUUUAAUUUCGCACGAUUGUUUAGCGGCCUUUUGCCUGCACAUCUCUAACUUCCAACGCACUGACAAGACAACAAAUUCCUUGUCAAGACUUCAAAAUCGCAGCGGCGUGAUUUCCGCUCGGGAAAAGUAGACUAUUUCGCCAGAAACGCAGAGGAGAAAUUUCGUAAAAAUCUUGUGAAAUUGCAGGCCACUGAUAAACUUUUGUUGUGUGACUGAAGCGGUGGAAAGUGCAACCCAAUUAUCGUGUUGCAUGGGCGUUGUUAAUUGGGCCGCCGGCCUUGUUUUGCUGGCGGCGUUAUCGGCGGCGGAUUAACUUCUGCCAGAAAUGUUUCCCUAGAAAACGUACAAGUCUCCAACGUGGUCAACGAGUCGUGGUCAAAACGAAAGCAACGUCUUCGUAAGAGAGAACAAAUCGGCGAAAAAACCUUGUAAACAAACACAGUUUCGUGGGUGCCUCGCAACGUGUGUGAAUUAAGCUGGCGCUAGAAACAAUAAAUUGAAUUAAUUAAACUAAGUAGCUGAGAGAGCAAGUAGAACAACUGAAACUAAAACAGAAUGAGUGCCAACCGAAGAAGACGCAGCAGUUUCCUCUGCGCGAAUUCCGCAACCAUCGAAAGGCAGCACAAAAGACGCAGUGCAUCAGCUGCGAGUGCAAUUGCAGCAGCAACAGCGGCAACAGCAGCAACAUCAGCAACAUCAGCAGCAGUAGAAGCGAUAGCAACUGCACCCUCCAAAGAGCAACUUUCUCUACCGAUUGCUGGUGGCAGUGCUUCAGCUGAUGAGGAUUUACUGGAAAUGCCUCGCAUUUGCCGAUGCUGUUGCAAACGGGAUUUGAAAUUACUCGGCUUAUUCGAGGCCAGCCAACCAACACUGGCCAACACAACAGUGGCAUCAGCAUCAGUAUCCGCAGCAGCAGCAGCAGCAGCAUCAGCAUCAGUAGCAUCGAACAAAUCAUCGGGAACAUUAGCAAAAACAUGUGCGACAGAAGCAGAAGCAGAAACCGAAACUCCACAGACAUUGUCCGCAAAUCCAGUAAAUCCCGGGACUAAAGCUACAUCAUCUCCAUCAGAAGCAGCUACAACGUUGUCCGCAGCCACACCCUCCGCGUCCACGUCCGCAUCCACAUACACAGCCACGUCUCCCAUGAGGCGUCGCACCACUAACACCACCGCUCCAUCCGCUCCACCCGCUCCACGUGGUCGUAGCAGCGAUAAUGCCGUCGACUACACCCUCAGCGGGGCCCACAGCAGCAUGGACAUUGUCCUCGAGGAGAUGACCAUUUGGAUGCUCAAUAUAAAUCGCGACGAUGGACUGCCGCAAGAAAUCUGCCGGCAGUGCAUGGCCCAGUUUUUGAUGGUGGCCAAGUUCCGGCGGAAAUGUGUACGGAUGCAGCAGCGCCUGCAGGACUUUGCCCAGGAGAUAUCCGACCGCCAGACGGCCAGACAAGCGAAGCGUCAGCAAAAAAUCCAAAAGAAGGCACACGAUAGCUGCGGACACACGGAGGAGCAUCAGCUGCCCAUACGAAAGCGCCGCAUGGUAUCCGAAUCGGACGGAGAUUCGACAGCAGCAGGAGCAGCAGAAGCAUCAACAGUAACAGUUCCUGCGAAGCAGGUGCGAACGGAAUUCGAGAGCUUGCCACCGCCCAAAUCAAGUCCUCAGCAACUCCGACUGCGCAAGUAUCGAACCCUCUCCAUUGGCUGUGAAAUGGAGCGUCCAGCCGCGUCGUCCAUCGAUGCCAGCAGCAUGCCCUGGAAGACGAAGGCAGCCCGCAAACAACUCUCCGAAACUUGGGCGUCCAGUUGCUCGCCAGAGGUCACGUCGCCCCAUCGCGAACGCAGCAGCACCAGCAGCAGUGAGCACAUGAGUGACUUGUCCGUCGGUCCAUGCUGUGGCUUCGAAAGCGACAGCAACCCGUCCUCCACCUCCAACUCGGCGCUGAGAUCGGUGAUCAUCGUUAAGAAGCAGCCACCCCAGAAGUCAUCGCCCAUGUAUGAUCUAAUCCCUCGACGGGGUCGGCGUCCCAGGAAUGCGCCGAUAUACACACCGGCCAAAAGGCAGAGGCGAUCGCUGGUUAGGAAGGAGCCCCUGAACCGCAAGUUCGCCGCGAAGCCAGUCACCGAAGAGAACAAAAAGUCUGAUCAAACGGAUAUUUAUCCGAAGGAACCAAGGUUGGAAGGCCUUGCACCGUCCUGUGAUGAGGCCAUCGACAGCACAUCCGAUGCGCCAUUGGAAGUGGCGUCCAAUGAAGUGGUCCAAAUGAAGUGGGAUGAUAUCAACUCAAAUGAAAUGUUGCAGUGUGACAAGCAAAAGGACAUCACAUCAAAUGGCUUGAUAGACAGUUGCAACCAGCUCAGCGCCAUGGACAUGGAGUCGGUUAACGGUAUGAUAGCGUCCAAUGACGUAGAGGCGGAACUACCCAAAGCUGAGAUCCACGUUGCCAGCCUUCAAAAUAGUGAGGAAACAUCACCCAAAGAGCAAGCGUUUGAAUCCACCAGCGUUAUAAAAGAAACGAUUCCUCCGGAACAUUCUGCUGAGGAUCUGCAAGUUAGAAAGGAAAUCGAGUCGAUUGCAAAUGACAUCAGGGCUGAGGCUGAUCUAGUACAAUCCGAGGAACUGACCUCAUCCACCGAAACCAGCGAAUCCACCGAGUCGCAACCGAAAGCUGUUGAGCAGCUGGAAGCUGUGGGUCAGCAGGAAUCUCGUUUGCUACUGGACUCCAUGCAAGAACAGGCAUCUGUCCAGCAAACGGAAACGACGAACGGGGACGAAUCAGACUCCGCUGACCAGAUCAUAGUGAGCAUACCGCUGGAGGUGCUGGACGAGAAUCUGCAGCGUCGCCUUUGCGUGGAUCCGGAAACUGAGACGGCCAAUCGCCAGUCCGCUUCGCCCAAGGAGUUCGCCAUGCGUCCCGAUGACGUGAACAACAACGAAAACGAUGAAAAUUUUUGCCAGAGUGCUACAGCAGAUAGCUUCAAUGCUGCUGUGGCACUCCGAACCAAUAAAAUUGAAGCAACACCACCUGGGGGAACGGAAUCGGAUAACGCGGACGCGGACGCGGAUGAGCUGCCGAUAGUGCGUUCUGGGCCAACGCCCAUGGACUUUAUGGCCGAGUUCGCCAAGCACUGUGCGAACGGUAUUGAACAGCUGAAGGUCACGACUCCGGCGGCAUCGCCAACUCCCUCGGAUUUGAUGCCCCUCAACGAUCUGGAGGAGAAGCAGAAACUGGAGGUGGAGAUGAACGACGUGGAGAACACUUUGAAUGGCAUCCUCAACGAGAUGCAGGACCAGCACAUGUACACACCAAACUGUGCCCACAUUGAUGAGUUCCUCACUCCAGCCGACUAUGCCACGCUGACCGAGCAGGAGUCGUCCGUUUCGUCGCCACCGAAUCCCUACGAGCAGAGUUCCGUGGACAAACCGGAGGCGAAGCCCAGUGCCACCGAGGAUCCCUUCGAUAAUAGCAACUUUACCAAUGAACUGAUUGGUUUCCAAAACGAUAUUCCCUGUUUUGAGAACAUUGAGACCCCGGAGCAGGGACAAAACUUGCAUUUGGAACUGACCGAGUUCCUAAGGGAUCUGCAGCCGGCACAAGCCGAGCCGUCGGCAGAGGAGCAGGUCGCCAAGACCGAAAUUCAGACACAGCCAACCGUCCAAAUGGAUGUCCAAUCAAACCUACCAGUGCAAGCUGAUACACGGCCUCAAAAUGAUUCGUCCACUAAUCAUUCACCAUUCGAAUCUCCCAUAUCAUCACCUCAAGUUCAGUCUCAGAUCGAAAUACAAAUGGAACCUCAAAUCGAGACCCAGAUGCAACCUCAGAUCGAGUCUCGAAUGCAACACGAUGUGCUUGCAGUGCAGUCUCCACAAAACCAUCAGUCUCAAGUACAAACUCAUGACCAAACUCAGAUGCAACACCAAAUCCCACCGCAAAUCGAGCCUCAAAUUCAGGUCCAAAACCAGGAGCAACAAUCGCUACAGCUCGUGCCGCAAGCGCAACAACAAGUGAUUCCCCAAGUGCAACUGCAAUCCCAGUUGGUGCCCCAUGUCCAGUCGCAGGGCACGACGACGACAGUCACCUACGAGCAGAUUUACCAACAGCACAUUGUACAGCAGACGGUGCAGCAAUCCUCCAACAAGAUGCAGGUCAUCUCGCUGCCCUCGGCUGGCACGGAAACACGACAGUGGCAGACACAGCAGUCGCAGCAGCAGCAGCAAGUCCAGUGGUCAUCGGUGGGCGGACUGGAGGCCAUAAAGAGUGCCCCCGUCGAGAGUGUUGCACCCACAACCACAACGUACUACAUCAGUGCCAGCGAUCUUUAUCCGCAGCAGACUGAAACAUACACGAUGCUGCAACCAGCAUCCAAUGAGAGCUACAUGAUCGAGCAGGUGAAUCACCAGCAGCAACAUUGCCAGCAACAAAUUCAGAUGUCUCAGCAGCAACGCCAGCAUCAGCAUCAGCAUCAGCAUCAGCAGGCGCAGCAGCAGCAGCAGGCGCAGCAGCAGCCGAUUAUGAUACUGAUCCAGCAGCCGGAGAUCCAGCAGCCAGUGGCCUCGGCCAGCAAUCCGCAGCAGGCACCGCUGCACAUCUAUAAUGCUGCGGCCACCAGCAACGAAGUGCAUCAAAUGCAGCACACGCAACGCCAGCAGAUACGCCAGCAGUAUCACCACCAGCAGUAUCAGCGGCUGCAGCAGCAGCAGCAGCAGCAGCAGCAAACUCGCGUCGUACAAAGCCAUCCAGUAUUGGGAAUGCCGGGAGCCACGUCCAUAUCAACGAAAGUGACCCCCAUUCCCGUCACAGCGACCAGGGGUCGGGCGCUAACGCUCAAGUGCCGCUUCUGCCACAACGGACCGCGCUUCUCCAGCAGCCUGGAGUACAGCCGGCAUAUCAUCGAUCUGCAUCCGGCGGUGGCGCCCUUCAACUGUCCACACUGUCCGCUGGCCUUUGCCGGCAGAACGAAGCGAUCGCAGCACAUCCUCAGCCACCAUGUGGUGCAGCAGUACCAGUGCGGCCAGUGCUCGCAGGUGUUCCCUGCCCAAAAGGCACUGGACGUUCACAUCCAGCGCUUCCACAUGACACUGAAAAGGGAUCCCUCGGAUGCGGUGAAGGUGGAGGACGUUAAGCUGCAGAUCACCAGCGAGCGGAGGCCACGAGGUAGGCCGUAUAAGCCACGGCUGCAGCUGCAACAGCAUCAGCUGCAGCCGCAGCAGAAGUUGCAAGUGCAGCAGCAGCAGCAGCGGAAGACUCUGCAGCAACUGCCCCAAACGCCACAGCAACAGCAGCAUCCACUGCAACAACAACAUCAACUGCAGCAGCAACAGCAGCAUCAACUGCAGCAGCAACAGCAGCACCAAUUGCAACAAGUGCAGCAACUGGUACAAGCGCAACCGCAGCAGCAACAGCCGCAGCAACAAGUGGCGCAGCAACAGCAGCAACAUGUGUUGCAAGUGCAGCAACCACAGCAACAACCGUUAAUGCAGCCGCAGUCGCCCCAUCCAUCAACAGUGGAAAUGCAAGCAAGCCCAACAACGCCACGAAAGAUUCUUUGCUGUCCCGACUGCGAAGACUGCACUUCCGGCCACAGCCAUGGCAACGAACAGUUCGAGGAGCUGGCGACACUGCAGACUCCGCCAACGGUGCUCACACCGCCAUCGACCAUCGUCUCGGUUCCAUCGCCGCAGCCCAUGGUGUACGCGCAGCACAUAACAAUGCCGUCGCCGGAACAAUCCGAGCCAGAUUCCACGACCACGUUGCGACAGUAUCGCAAGCGAGGCGUGAUCGUUGGGCCACAGGGCCCGCUGCAUUUGGCCACACCGGUGGCCUCGCCAUCGCCCUCAUCGUCGCCCUCCUCAUCGACGGUGGAUCACAUACCGCCAGCUUCUCCGGCACCGCCGGCAUCGCCAGCGCCGCCCCCAUCGCCCGCCGUCGCGUCCACGGUGCAGGUGAGCGAGCUGCGGACGAGCCACCAUUGUCUGUACUGCGAGGAGCGAUUCACCAACGAAAUUUCCCUCAAGAAGCACCAUCAGCUGGCCCACGGAGCACAGACCACCAUGCCGUUUGUGUGCACCAUCUGCAAGCGGGGCUACCGCAUGCGUACGGCGCUGCAUCGUCACAUGGAGUCGCACGAUGUGGAGGGACGGCCGUAUGAGUGCAACAUUUGCCACGUCCGGUUCCCGCGACCGUCGCAGCUAACGCUGCACAAGAUCACGGUGCACCUGCUCUCCAAGCCGCACACCUGCGACGAGUGUGGCAAGCAGUUUGGCACGGAGAGUGCCCUCAAGACGCACAUUAAGUUCCACGGAGAGCUCGGUUACCACUGCGACGGGUGCGAUCGGACGUUCGAGUAUCUGAAAGAGUUGCGCAAACAUCGACGCACCCACAGCGAGAUGUUUUACAAAUGCAAAUUCUGUCCAAGCUCCUUUAUGCGUUUCACGAAUUUUCGGGCUCACAUGAAAACCCAUUUGCCGUUGGGUGUAUUCCGCAACGAGGAAGCCGCAUCAAAGUCACCCUGCAGCAACAAUAGCCACACCAGCAGCACACCAGACAAGCUGGAGAAUCCGCCCACGCCCAUCGAGGAGACACCUUUGACGCCGAUGAGCUGCGGCGGCCACGUGUACCACAGCCCAGACGAAUACCCCAAUUCGGUGGAGAGCUGUGCCGGCAACAGCGUGACUCUGGAAUCCAUUGCCACAACGCCAUAACCCACGGGGCCGGAUUAUUAUUUAGUAUACAACGCUUUAGUUAUAAGUAAUCACAAGCAACCUAGCCAAAUAAUAUCGGCGCCUUCCUACACUAUUACCACACUCUGUGGGGAAUAGCUUCCAUUCUUCCCAUUGGAGAGCCAACCAAUAAGUAACUCUUAACUCUUAUUCUAAACAAAAGAAAACAAAAAGAAAAGCAACAUACAAAAGAACCAGCAGACUGCAUUGAAUGCAAUCCAAUAUUGCACCUAAAAUAAAACACAUAGCGACUAAGCCAAGGAUACACUCCCUCAGACACAAAUCUUAAGGCUACAAAAUAUUAGACCUAAGCUAGUUAGAAUCUAGACAUUCAUGUAAUGAAAUCAACUGAAACAAAUACGCAAAGGUUAACUUUAGGCCUUAGACCAUAUAUACAUAUACAUACUUACUGCUGAUUUCCGUUCCCAGUUAGAUAUAAAUAUUUUUUUGAAGAGCGUUUAAUGAAAAUAAUAGGACUAAGGCCCUAGAUAUAAACAAUGUACCAAGCAACACUAAAACAUUAUUGGUUAUCCACAUUUCGGUGUAGAAUCUAUGUAAAUGAACUACUAACACGUGACGUGUGUGAGACAGCUCAAAUCGAUUUUAGUUCCAUAUUAUUGUAUGAGGUUUCAUUGAAAUGAAACAAGGCAGUUGAAUAGCCUAUACAAAUAUUUUCCUUUUAUUUAUAAAUUAUGUAAUAAACAAAAUUAUGCUUUUAGUGCGAUCAAACGAUAACGAAA